CAGUGCUACUAUCACUUGCUUUAAUAUUCAUCUGGCAGAGUUCUACGGCAACAAGUGCCUCUACAACAGUUCCAUCCUAUUACUCUUUCUUUGGCAUGUUUUCUAUCGCCAACAUACCACAGAAACUCUCCGCGCCAUUUGGUAUCCUCGGCGAUGAAGCAAAGCUUGCAUUCCGUAGUCAACCAACGGGUAUAGCCAAACUGGCCACAGUACGGAAUAUAUCGGAGGCUGACAGCUACUGGGAUCAAUACGUUGUGCUUUUUGAUUCGCCGUCCGACGUCUUUUCUCUGAUUUCUCCGCAUGAUAUUCGCCGAGCUUUGCUUGAAGCGCCUGAAAACGUCGCAACACUCAUCCGCGUAGUCACAGCCCGCCUGUUCAACCUUAUUUCCGAUCACACAUUUCCAUCCCCACAGUCUGCAUCUGUCACGUCCUUCGCAUCUUCGUUUAUGAAGAGUGGGGCCCCUGAACGGAACGCUACGAAGGAAGUUCUGAACUGCAUACGUGUCUUACAACGCGUCCUUCCAGUCGUCUUCGAGAUUGACAGUGAGUCAACCAUCUUCGAGCAGGAGAUAUUCUGGAAGAAGGAAGUUGUCGAAGGGCAAGACGUACAGGAGGAGACCGAGCAGGUUCCUCAGUUUGUGAUCGAAGAUGAGGAUGAGGAUACAGGGGAGACUGCAGCGCCGGCUCCAUCCUCGAGCCAGGCUCCCGCUCAGAAGUCUAGUCAAGUCAAGACGGCACCAUCGCUCGCCGAACGGCUGUUUAGCUGCCUUAUCGACCUUCUUUUCUGCUGUGGCUUCACUCUGCCAUCUAAACUCCAAGUGGACCACUACAAGAUCAACUAUAUCAUAUGGGAGAAGGGCGUGGGAUCUACUGUUGAUACCGGACCAAGUCCCUCGUUAGACAACAACAAAUCUGAAGUCCUUCGUCUCCUUCUCGUCCUUCUCUCUCGGCAAAUAUACGUGCCUCCCUCAUCGCUGUUCACAACUCCAUCAUUGUAUACAAUCCACUUUGUACAACGAACGCCACGGAGGGACGUCUUGACCGUGCUCUGCUCCUUGCUCAAUACUGCGAUGAACUCCGCUCAACCUCACCCUAGUAGUACCAUUGGGGGUGUUGCCGGCCGACUUCCGUAUAACCAUCUUGUCUUCAAGGGUGAAGACCCUAGAGCCAUACUUGUGGGCCAUUGCUUCCAAGUGCUAUGCGCUCUACUAGACUUUCAAGGCGGCAGCGCUAGAGACGCUGCAACCGGGGCUGAGGACAGCCUGUCGUAUGCUCCGACACCCCGAACGAAUGCUUUCCGGUACUUCCUUGCGAAAUUGCAUCGCACUCAGGACUUCCAAUUCAUCAUCGAUGGUGUCAUGGGAAUUCUCGAACAACAAAUAGCAUCCUUUAAUAAUCUACUACCCGGGUCAAAACGAUCUGUGCCAUAUAUUGUGGAGACAAUUACCUUCUUCUGGAAGAUGAUAGAACUGAAUAAGAAAUUCAAAGCCUAUCUGCUCGACUUGGAGAAGUCGAUGGACAUCGUGGCGUACUUCCUCUGCUACUCUCUUGAGAUCAAAGACAAACCUCAACAGCAUGGUCUCUGUCGAGCCUUGUCCUAUAUUAUCCAGACCUUAUCAGCGGAAACUGCCUUCGGAUACCGCCUUACCUUCCCUUUGAAAGCACAGCACAUACCAACAAAGUGGAAUGUCGGAGGUACCGCUGCUGAUUUCAUGAUCAACGCCGUGUACCAUGUAGUUGCCACGACGUCAGGAGCGUUGAAUUCGCUAUACCCAGCCCUCAUCAUCGUUCUGUCUAACUCCGCGCCACACUUCAAGAAUCUGAACUUGAACUCUUCAACGCGCUUGAUUCAGCUGUUUACCGCCUUCUCCAAUCCCGCCUUCCUCCUCGCCGAUGAGGGUCACCCGAGGCUCUUAUUUUUCUUACUUGAGGUCUUCAAUGCCGUUAUAUUCCAUCAUCCAACAGAGAAUGCAAACUUGCUAUACGGUAUUCUUCGAGCGCACAAGACCUUCGAGAAUUUGGGUACCUUUACCCUCGCUCGUGGACUACGAGAAAUACGGCGUAUACAGCAAGCCAAAGACGAGCAAGCCCAGAAGGAUACGAAGGGCAAGAGUCGAGCUUCAGAUGUCGAACAGCCCCAUGAGGAGAAGCAGCGCUUGCUGGAGCGGGAGAACAGUAAUGCGUUAGGCCUCACUAGCAGACUUCAAUCUGCGGACAGCCUAACUGAAGUGCGCGUUGAUUCGACUCAAGAAGAGGGGACAGCGGCUACCGGUGGAGGUGCAGCAGUGGAUGCGGCCGAAGAUACCGCGUUUUCGCAGCCACUCAUGUCACCGACUGCUACGAGCCCACCCUCUAGCGGGUUCCCUCCCUUGCCUGCCGUCUCUGAGAAGGUGAGAGGAAAAAUGAGGGAUAGAGGCAGAUCCUUGUCAUUGGAAACGGAUGCGAGCCUCGAUAGAGUGGCAUUGGCUGGUGUGGGGAGGAAUGGCUUCGUUCCUUCACAAGAAUGGGUGACCUCAUGGCAGCAAGGACUGCCUCUCGACAUUGUUAUGCUGGUCGUCGCAGAGCUCAUGCCGAAAGUCCAGAGCAUACAAAAUGCGAAGAAACAGAAUGCCACGGGUGCUAUCAUCGACUUCCUGGGCCACGUAUCCCUCCAGCAUGUCUUACCACAGACACCACCCCUGGCCCCUCGCAGAUUCAUCUGGUCCGAGAGCUCCAUUGUAUGGCUCUCAUCCCUGAUAUGGGGUGAAAUCUACGUACGCGGGAUGACGCCGCUCGGUAUCUGGAACGGCACAAACGUCCGUCUAUUUUAUGUCAAACACGCACAAAGCCAGCAGCGGCAGAUUACAGAGGCCGUUUCUAGUGUUGUCGGAGGACUUGGAGGGUUACUGGGGCGUGGUGGUGGGAAUGAUUCUACGCCACAGUUGGCACGCAGACGGACCGAUGUCUGAGAGUUUAGAGGAAUCGACAGCAGCAAUGUCGAUUGGCGUCGUUGCGAUGGUCCCAUGUAUCUGUCUUGCAUAUCUGUUUUCUUCAUGUGUUGUAACUGUAAAAAGGCCAGUCGGAUCCGAUACCUUACUCAGAACGUACGAAGCAGCAUAUUCCAAUUUAAUCGAGUUAAGACGGUUGUUUUC